AUGGCCGAACGUUUGACUUACCGUCGCCGUCACGCUUACAACACCAAGUCCAACAAGACCAAGGUUGUCAAGACCCCUGGAGGAAGGAAUGUCUUCCAAUACCGCAAGAAGCAAGGAUCUACUCCAGUCUGUGGUGACACUAAGGUUAAACUUCACGGAGUAAGUCUUUAUGUUUUUUUUCUUGAUUUUAGACAGGACUGAAGGUGGAAGAAAUUGAUUUUGAGGGUAGUAUUUUAGAGAUUUUGAUGUUUUUUAGGUUAUAAUAUGCUGCUUUUAAACCUAUGUACAAGCCUGUCUUUCCGGUUUAAUAUUUCUUUUUUGUUUGGAUAAUCUUUGAUAUUUGAAGAAACAAAGGCAUAUGUUUUUUGAUUAGCUUGAGUAGUGUAAUAUAAUUUUUAUCUGUAAACUUUCUAUCCUUUUUUUAAUUUUGUAAUUUUCAAAAACAACAUACACUGAAUUUUUUUUUCGUUUAAAUAUAGUUACUUUUGAUUGGGAUUAUAUGUUUUUAUUAUGAUUUUAAAGCCAUUUCUUUUUAGAUCAAGGCUGUCAGACCACGAAAGUUGACCAACUUGACUCGCCGCCAAAAGACUGUCUCUCGACCAUACGGAGGAGUUUUGUCAGCUGGAGCCGUACGUCAACGUAUCAUCCGGUCCUUCCUUUCAGCCGAACAGAAGAUUGCUUCCAAGAUCCUCAAGGCCACCGAAUCCAAGAAAUAA